GGUACUUACCUCCUUAGCGAAACUCGGGACGUCACAAAAUGGGAUUGACGCUCCGGUCUAAAGGGAAAGUUUACGGUUAGAGCACUAUGUAAAUUAGUUGUUCUGAUAAAGUUGUGAUUAACAAACAAGAUUCAACGAGUGAUUCGCGGAGGGCGGCGGCGGAAUGAAGAUAUUUUGGGUGUUAUUUAUCGCCGCGACUCUGGCGACAGAGUCAGCCCUGGCCGUGUCGGUGAGCAGCCCGGUGAAGCGCUAUGUGGUCAUCCUGUUCCAGCCCGUCACGCUCACCUGCAACUUCCAGACCACCGCCUCGCAGCCGCCGGUGGUCACGUGGCGCUACAAGUCGUACUGCCGCGACCCGGUGCAGGCGGCGCUCAACCCCAGCAGCGCCGACAACAUCCUGUCGCAGAAUAACCCCAACUACGACCCCAACAUCGAGUGCGCCGACAGCCAGCGCACGGUGCGCAUCGUGGCCUCCAAGCAGGGCAGUGCCGUGACGUUGGGCAGCGAGUACCAAGGACGCAAGAUCAGCAUCAUCAACAAUGCUGACCUGAACAUUGCACAGACGGCGUGGGGCGACAGCGGGGUCUACGUGUGCUCUGUCAUCUCCUCGCAGGACCUCUCAGGCAAUGGCGAGGACUACACCGAGCUCAUUGUCUUGGAGAGAAAGUCAGAUACUACUGACCUGCUGCCCGGCAUUGACUUACUGGUUAUGGAAGAUUGGCUGCUGGUGGUGGUCGUGGUGUUGGGCUUUCUGCUGCUGCUGAUGCUGAUCGGCAUCUGCUGGUGUCAGUGUUGUCCGCACACGUGCUGCUGCUACGUCAGCUGCCCCUGCUGCCCCGACCGAUGCUGCUGCCCGCGGGCACUGUAUGAGGCGGGUAAGGCGGUGAAGAAGGGCAUGGCCAACCAGUACGCCACCACCGUGUACGCACCCAGCAUGUACGCCCAGCCGGCCUACAGCGGGCCGCUCGUCCACCAGCCCGCCAUGCCGCUGCUCCCUCUGCCCAACGGCGUCGGCGUCCCGCCCUCACAGAACGGCUACGGGCGCGAGUUCGACGGCGCUAGCUCCGUUGGUCAUGGUUCCCAAGUGCCUCUGCUGCACGACCAAGACGGCGGCGGUGGCGACCAUACUCGGAGCGGCUAUCGCAUCCAGGUGGACCCUGAAGGCAACGCCACGCGUGCCAUUUACUACAUGGAGCGAGAGCUCGCCAACCUGGACCCGUCCAGACCCGCCAACCACCAUCGCUUGGACAACGUGAGCGAGGUGACUUCGCUGCACGACAACGCCGACCCACGAUCCCGCGGCGGUCGCCCGCAACCGCCAGCAUUGUCCACCGUGUACGACGACGACGAGGGCAUGAGCACCAUCAGCAGCGUGUCACAACACGUGCACCGCCGCCCGAAUGAGCCGGCGCGCCGAGGCUACAUGGGUGACCGGGCCCGGGCCCGCUCCAUGGAAAACCUGGACGACAUCGGACGCCGCUAUGGCCGCGACGACUACCCGCCGCACCGACGUCCGGAUGAGCACCGAGGCAGGAGAGGCUCUGACGACGAGUGGAGCAGCAGCGGUCGCGCUGGCUAUGACCGAGACGACCGCAGACGCCGCGACUACUCCCCGGAUGACAACCGAAGAGGGGCAGGCGGAGGAGGGUAUGGCGCCCUUCCAGGGCGGCGAAGCCGCAGUCGCGACGAUCUGAUGGACCUGGAGAGGGACCGGCGACCGGGCGGCGGCCGCGACAGAAGAGACGACUACGACGACAGCUUCCUGAGAGAGGCCAUGGAGAGGAAGAGGCUGGGGGAGCAGCAGAGGGCUCGCAGCCGAGACCGACUGGAGAGUGACGGGGAGCGUUCUGACCGAGGCAGGGCCCCGCCCCCCCGGGGACCCCCGCCGCUGCCUCUGAACCCGCCUUCGGGACCUAGCGCUCUACCGCCGCCCUACAGCGACGACGAGAGCAUGACGUCGUCUAAGAAAAGCAACCUGCGCAAGAAUGGAGCUGUGAGCCGAGAGAGCCUGGUGGUGUGAGACACCCACAACAGGAAGCACCGCUGUCCCCCCCAAAAAACAAGUAAAUGUUGAGAUUGUACAGUUUUUAUUUCACUAAUUUGCUAUCUUGAAUCUUUUUUUUUUAACUUGCCUUCGAAACCUUGUCGCAAAUUGAAUAUAAAUGUAUAUGAGUGUGUGAGAGAUGCACAAAGUGUAAUUUUAUGUGCUUUAUGAAACAUUGUGGCUACCACAAGUGCCUUCAACUGUACAAAAGUGUAGAUGUUGGUUUUACUCACAUGGUUUUAUUUAGUUGCAAUAUCAAUUUAGAGGGAUUUUUAGCAUACAUUUUUGAGAACUUUUUUUAUAUGUACUUUGCUACUUUCUAUAUGAAUUUUUCAAUUUUAAAAACAUGUACAGCUGACCUUGUAAAUGUUCAUCACGUGAUGGAAAAAAACGUCUUUCACAAAUAAAACCUCUGUCCCGCUCGGCCA